GUAAUGUGUUAGCACAACCUUACCGGAGAUCGCUAUUCAACUACGAUGAACAUUGGAGUAUUUGAAUUACAGCAAGUGAACGAUCCAAGAGUUUCAUCAAGAUAACGUGAUUCUGUAAAAUGCUAUUAGAAGAUGGCGGCAUAUAGGACAUUCGCCAGCCCAGAGCCCCAAAACUGGCUGAAACAGUGGAGGGCCGUUUUCAUUACGAGGAAAGCUAUCUUGCCUUCUGUCAAGACAAAGUCUAGCCAUCUGCACACUGAUAUUUUACAGAAGGCAUCGAAUGAGCAGACUUGUUCAUUAGACCAUGGUCGUAUAUCUGACAACAAACCAAUACCUUGUCGAUAUCAUGAAAAACUUCGAAAUGAAAUCAUAGCUAUACACAAAAGAACGAAACCAUCAUGGCGAAACGCUUCUACUGACAAAUGGCUAGACUCGUUUGAUGUCGCCAAGCUAUUCAUGCAGUCAGCUGGGUAUGAGGAUAAAUCUUCAUUUGAUGAAAUUGACUUCAACGGACUGGCAGCCUUUAUAUAUAACUGCGGGAAAUUCACAUCCACUGUGGAAAAACUAUCUGAUGAGGCUCGGAAUUUCGUGAACAAGAUCCGGCAUAUGCCAGACUUGUGUUCAAAGGCCCUGACAGACCAAGCCACCACUGAGUGUAUAGACAGCAUGCUUAAGUUGCUGAACGACCCAGAUUUCCAGGGAGAUCCAGAAAUACUGGAAGCAAUCAAACAGCUGGAUGAGUUGAAGACCCAAAUUAUAGAUCCCAAGGCGGACUGGUUAAAAUAUAUAAUUGAAGAUGCUACUAUCAAAGGCGUUCAAGAAAUCACGGAACUUGCUUGUGCUAAAGAAGGAAACUACAGCGAACGUGCAAGUGAGAUAAAGGGUGACAUUGAAAAACUCAACGAUAUGUUAAUGUCCAGUAUAAGGGAACAAGGUGAGAGUGUCAUUAACGAUAUAAAGAAAUCUUCUGGCAAUUCUCUUGCACAGCUGGAUUUGUGCGUAGUCAAUGCUAAGAACAUUCUGAAUGAGACAAUCGAAGAAGGCAUAUUUAAACUAAAAGACACCAUUGAGAAGGGGAAAAACGAACUGAGUAAAAAACAAAAGAAAGAAAGUGAAGAAAUGGAGAAGCUAAAAUUAACGAAAGCAAAGUCAGAUUUACACCAACAAUUGCUCAAUUAUUACCAGACAAAGUCUCUCACAAUGAACGUUCGAUUGGACAUCGAUGCAGCCGUAGAAGACAUUUAUGAAAAGCCCAAACUUAUAUUGAAGAACAGGGAAGACAAAGAUGGUAAAGUAAAAGAUAAAGAGAUACCAGAAAUAAAUGAUAUGUUUCUGAACAAAAAUGGCACGAUGGCUAAAACAGUAUUCGUGGUGGGCGAACCGGGCCAGGGCAAGUCCUCGCUCUGUAAAAAGAUUGUCCAUGGCUGGUGCGAACUGCAGAAGAACGGAAAUAAGAAGAGAAAGAAAGAGAACAUCUUAGGCCAGUUUGGGUUCUUAUUCUAUAUAAGGCUACGAGAGGCUGCUGAUCAUUGCAAAAUCAAAGAUAUGAUAUUACUCUGUUUGAUUGAACGGAUUCAUUCAGAUGAUAAAGAGUCAAGAGAAUUGUUAACAGAGAUUUUGAAAUCAGAAUGUUGCCUUCUGCUUCUUGAUGGCUUAGAUGAGUGGACACAUUGUAGCAAAUGUAACAGCGAUGAACGAAUUCCUCAUGUUGAAACAAGUUGGGUGAACUGUACGACGUUAAUAACAACACGACCAUACAAACUAACGGAGCUGAAAGUGAAACGCUCACUAUUUGGCAACCAUGUGCAGUUGGAGGGCGUUCAGUCACCUAAGGAACUUGUUCGGAGAAUACUUGAGGAGUUGAAGAAAUAUCAAAAAGAAAACCGUCCAAAUACCUGCGUUGAAGAGCUAAUAAAAAAGGCCUGUGGCAUUUUAGCAGUAUUCCAAUCGUGCUUGUUCAAAUUGUUUGGCUCUGGUACAGAGACCAGCUAA